CAAAGAAUAAAGAAGAAAAUACAUUAAAAACCUUUCCCUGCUUCCCUCUCUGUUACCUUUGCUUGUGUCUAACCUUUCCUAAUCCUCGAUACUAUCUUAAGAUGGUAUCAGAGCGAUGUUAGAUCCUGGGAACCCAGAAACCAACAUCAUUGUUCCAAUACCCUAAACACAAAAAAAAAAAAACCCAAAAAAAAAAAUGUCAUCUUCAGGGGAUGAAAUUAGCAACAACAUGAACCAAAACCAAAACCAGAGUAACUCCUCAAUCAUUACUGAUGAGCUAACUUUGCAAAUUGUAAAUAUGCUUCGUAAUGGCCUACAAAUUCAGCAAACACAAGCCAAUCCUGACAAUUUGUCAAUUAGUUUUAAAUUAAAUGGAGACAAUUAUCCAUUGUGGGCAACACUUAUGAAGAAAGUUGUCGGUAGCAGAGGAAAGAAAAGCCAUCUGACAGCUGUCUUUACCUGGAUAAUUCAAAAUAUUGAGACGAGUUUGAUGAACAAUGUCUCCCAAUUCCCAACCGCAAAGGCUUUAUGGGAGGGAUUGGCUACAACCUAUGGGAGCAGCACAGACUCAGUACAAAUCUACGAUUUACACCGAAAAGUAAACACACAAAAACAGGGACAGGAUACCCUAGAGGAAUUCUGGAAUAAAUUACAGGCUAUAUGGAUGGCUAUUGACAGAAAACAACCGAAUCCUAUGAAGUGCUCGGAUGAUAUUGCAAUUUUCAACAAAAUUAAACAAGAACAGAGACUAUAUCAAUUCCUAACAGGAAUAGAUGAAAAAUUUGAAGCCAUUAGAAGAGAUCUUUUGAUGCAGGAGAAGACCCCUUCAGUGGAGUCUGCCUAUGCUGCCGUCAGAAGAGAGGCGGCCCGACUCCAUAUUUUGAAGCCUACCACCAGCAGCAGAGGGGACACAUUAUUAGGGAAGGUCGGAAUCGGCCUAAUCGCAAGAAACAGACCACAGGGACAGGGAUGGAAUCGCUCAGAAACUGCCGGACGGCGUUCAUCACAGCGAGACAAAGAAGACAAAAGCCACCUCCAUUGUACUCAUUGCGGAAUGAAAAAACACACCAAGAAGACUUGCUUCAAAAUCAUGGGUUAUCCCGAAUGGUGGGAAGAUCCCAAACAAAAAAAUUGCAAAGCCGCCACCAUAGUGGGCACUCCGAAGACCGCCAGCAGCAGCGGUGGUGACGCAGGAAGAGAGGAAGAAACAAAAUCAGCAGUUGUUCAUGGAAAAGCCGCGGCCGCUCAUGGAGGUAAAAGAAGAGAGGAGGUGGCGCAUAAGGGAGAAGGAAAUGGAAGUUCAGAAGAGAAUGGGAACCCUAAUGGGUCUCCUGAGCAAAAUGGCCCACUAAAAAAAGGAAGCCCAAAUUCCUUCUCCCUAUGACCCAGCCGAAAGCCCAAAAUAUUUUAAAAUAUCCCAAUGAGAAAAAUAUACCAGCCCAAAAAAAUCUUAUCAGUGGAUUUUUUAUUGUGGGGCCACUGACACCAUGACCCAUGAUCCUCAUGAUUUUGACA